AUGAAAUCCUGCGAAGUGACGCUUGUUACUGCCACCUCUUUCUGUGAUGAGGGAAAGAAAAUGGCGGCGGGAAAAGCGAGCGGCGAGAGCAAGGAGGAGUCCUUAAGCUUGACAGCCGAAGAGGAGGAGAUGCUUAACGGAUUGGACAGCCGGCUCUUUGGGUUCGUGAGGCUUCACGAAGAUGGCGCCAGGACGACGACCCUAUUGGGCAAGGCCGUUCGCUGCUAUGAAUCUUUAAUCUUAAAAACUGAAGGAAAAGUGGAGUCUGAUAUCUUUUGUCAAUUAGGUCACUUCAACCUUCUGUUAGAAGAUUACCCAAAAGCAUUAUCUGCAUAUCAGAGAUACUACAGUUUGCAGUCUGACUACUGGAAGAAUGCUGUCUUUUUAUAUGGCCUUGGUUUGGUUUACUUCUACUACAAUGCAUUUCAUUGGGCAAUUAAGGCAUUUCAAGAGGUGCUUUAUGUUGAUCCCAGUUUUUGUCGAGCCAAGGAAAUUCAUUUACGACUUGGGCUUAUGUUCAAAGUGAACACAGACUAUGAAUCUAGCUUAAAGCAUUUUCAGUUAGCGUUGAUUGACUGUCAUCCCUGUACAUUGUCCAAAGUUGAAAUUCAGUUUCAUAUAGCUCACUUGUAUGAAACACAGAAGAAGUAUCAUUUUGCAAAAGAAGCCUAUGAACAACUUUUACAGACAGAAAACCUACCUGCACAAGUAAAAGCAACUAUUUUACAACAGUUAGGAUGGAUGCAUCAUAAUGUGGAUCUACUGGGAGACAAAGCCACCAAGGAAAGUUAUGCAAUUCAGUAUCUCCAAAAGUCAUUGGAAGCAGAUCCUAAUUCUGGCCAGUGUUGGUAUUUCCUUGGGAGGUGCUAUUCAAGUAUUGGGAAAGUUCAGGAUGCUUUUGUAUCUUACAGGCAGUCUAUUGAUAAAUCAGAAGCAAGUGCAGAUACAUGGUGUUCUAUAGGUGUGCUCUAUCAGCAGCAAAAUCAGCCUAUGGAUGCUUUGCAGGCAUAUAUUUGUGCUGUACAAUUGGACCAUGGGCAUGCAGCAGCUUGGAUGGACCUUGGCACUCUCUAUGAAUCCUGCAGUCAACCUCAGGAUGCCAUUAAAUGCUAUUUAAAUGCAACUAGAUGCAAAAGUUGUGCUAAUACUUCUACACUUGCAGGAAGAAUUAAGUUUCUACAGGCUCAGUUGUGUAACCUUCCACAAAGUAGUCUACAGAAUAAAACUAAAUUACUUCCUAGUAUUGAGGAGGCAUGGAGCCUACCAAUACCUGCAGAGCUUACUUCCAGGCAGGGUGCCAUGAACACAGCACAGCAGGCUUCUAAAAGUCAUCAUCCAAAAACUGAACCUGUAUUAGGCCUCAGUCAAACACCAAUUUUACAGCAACCCUUGCCAGUACAAAUGAUUCCUUCUAGCCAAGUAGAUGGUCUCUCCAGUCCUGCCAAGAAGAAAAGAAUAUCUAGUCCAAUAAAGCACUUGGAACAGCUACAUGCAAAUACAGAUAAUUUAAAUCCAGCACAGAAGCUGAUGCUGGAACAGUUGGAAAAUCAUUUUGUUUCAAUGCAACAAAGUAAACAACCAUAUUCUCUGCUUAGAGUAUGUAGUGUCUCUCAGCUUGACGUUUACUCUGUUUUGAAAAACCUUUGUCCAAUGGACCAGGGCAUCCUCUCCAAUCUGUGGCUGCUGCUUGCACCUGCUGAUGCCACCAAGAGAUUGGGACCCGCAGGGGAGUGGUUAGAGUGUGAUCAGGCUGGAAUUACUUUAGGGCUUCACAAAGGUCAGAGUUCACAUUUUUCAGGACCUAAUGAUGAACAACCUUCAUUUUCCACUGGACCUGCCCAGUAUCUCCAACCAGCUAGCAUUGGCAUUCAGAAACAGACUGGACAUGGAACACAGGAAGCUGCUCUCAAUCACCUCUCAUCUCAUUUUUCUACCUCAGGUGGACAACAAGGCACUACCUUUAUCAAAGAGAGCCAGCCUUCAGGAAUUAGGUCUUUGGUGCCUGAAACAAGCAGGCAUGCUCAAGACAUAUCUAAUGGCUGUGCUGUUGUCAAGGAACUUUCUGAUCAUGUUCAGCAGCUGACAGUAGAACCUAUUUGUGGUCCUAACCAUAGAAAGUGUACAUCACCUAAUUUACUAAUAUCAGACAGUCCUCAUGUCUCUGUCUCAUUGAUUGGAAAAGCUAGUGAUAGUGUGGGUACUGGAGCCUAUGACAAAGCCAGUAAUAUUUACCCAGCUAUUCAUACAAAGACUAAUAAUUCUAAUACCUCUUCCCCCUCUUCAGUAGUUUUCACUACAAUACCUUUUUCAAAAUCCACUGAGCAGACAACCACACACAGUGUUAGCAGCCUUAACAGUCCUCAAAAUAGGUUACACACAAUUAAUAGAAAAGGACUAGAGAACGUACAGAGCUCUGAAAAACCAGACUUACCUUUAAUUAGCUUCAAAUCUGAUCCUCAGAUUAUUCCGUCAAUGUCUAUGUCUAUAUAUUCAAAUUCCACAGAAGUUCUGAAGGCAUGCAGGAAUUUAGGUAACAAUGGCUUGUCGAGUAGUCCAAUUUUUUUUGAUAAAUGUCCACCUCCAAGACCACCAUCGUCACCAUACCCUCCUUUGCCAAAGGACAAGUUGAAUCCACCUACACCUAGUAUUUAUUUGGAAAAUAAGCGUGAUGCUUUCUUUCCUCCAUUACAUCAAUUUUGUACAAAUCCCAAAAACCCUGUUACGGUUAUUCGUGGCCUUGCUGGAGCUCUUAAAUUAGAUCUUGGACUUUUCUCUACCAAAACUUUGGUGGAAGCUAACAAUGAACACAUGGUAGAAGUAAGGACACAAUUGUUGCAACCAGCUGAUGAAAACUGGGAUCCCACUGGAACGAAGAAAAUCUGGCAUUGUGAAAGUAAUCGAUCUCAUACUACGAUUGCUAAGUAUGCACAGUACCAGGCCUCCUCCUUCCAGGAAUCAUUGAGAGAAGAAAAUGAGAAAAGAAUGCAAAACAAAGAUUAUUCAGACAAUGACUCUACAGCUUCGAAUAUUUCUGGAAAGAGAAGGAAAGGACCUUUUAAAACCAUAAAGUUUGGAACCAACAUUGAUCUUUCUGAUGACAAAAAGUGGAAAUUGCAGCUGCAUGAGUUGACUAAACUUCCUGCUUUUGUGCGGGUGGUAUCAGCAGGAAAUCUUCUAAGCCACCUUGGUCAUUCUAUUCUGGGCAUGAAUACAGUGCAACUAUACAUGAAAGUUCCAGGCAGUCGAACACCAGGUCACCAAGAAAAUAACAACUUCUGUUCUGUUAACAUAAAUAUUGGUCCAGGUGAUUGUGAAUGGUUUGUCGUUCCUGAAGAUUAUUGGGGAGUUCUGAAUGACUUCUGUGAAAAAAAUAAUUUGAAUUUCCUAAUGAGUUCUUGGUGGCCCAACCUUGAAGAUCUUUAUGAAGCAAAUGUUCCAGUGUAUAGGUUUAUCCAAAGACCUGGCGAUUUGGUCUGGAUAAAUGCAGGCACUGUGCAUUGGGUUCAAGCCAUUGGCUGGUGUAACAAUAUUGCUUGGAAUGUUGGUCCACUUACAGCCUGCCAGUAUAAAUUGGCAGUGGAACGGUACGAAUGGAACAAAUUGCAAAGUGUAAAGUCAUUAGUACCCAUGGUUCAUCUUUCUUGGAAUAUGGCUCGAAAUAUCAAAGUCUCAGAUCCAAAGCUUUUUGAAAUGAUUAAGUAUUGUCUUCUUAAAGUACUAAAGCAGUGUCAGACAUUGAGGGAAGCUCUUAUUACAGCAGGAAAAGAGGUUAUAUGGCAUGGGAGGACAAGUGAUGAGCCAGCACAUUACUGUAGCAUUUGUGAGGUGGAAGUUUUUGAUCUGCUUUUUGUUACUAAUGAAAGCAAUUCUCAAAAGACCUACAUAGUACAUUGCCAGAACUGUGCACGAAAAACAAGCAGAAACCUGGACAAUUUUGUGGUGCUAGAGCAGUACAAAAUGGAGGACCUGAUGCAAGUCUAUGACCAAUUUACAUUAGUUCCUUCAGUAUCAUCCUCCUCUUCUUGA